UGGCUAUUUUACAUGAUUUUAUGUUUACUUUUAAUUGUAAUGUUUGUAUCGUAGAAUUUGAAAAUUAGACUACUACACUACGACUAUCGAAGCUAUAUAAGCGUAUAAGCUGAUCGCUGACAAAAUGUCAACAACUAUUGUACAAUAUAUUUUGCUACGAAGUGAUUUAUUAAAAGAUUUAGGUUGGUCAAUAGGAUCACUAGUAGCACAAGCAUGCCAUGCUUCCUCUGCAGUGUUACAUUUGUUUAAAGAUGAUGAAUAUACUGCGAAAUAUUUAAACGAUCUAGAUAAUAUGCAUAAAGUUGUAUUAGAAGUUCCUAAUGAAGAAUCAUUAAGAAAAUUAUCAGAAAAAUUAAAAGAAAAUUCUAUAGACCAUAAAAUGUGGAUUGAACAGCCAGAAAAUAUUCCUACAUGUUUAGCUCUUAAGCCAUAUCCUAAAGAAGAAGUAAAAAAAUAUGUUGGCAAAUUUAAGUUGUACAAAACAACAUUAGAUUAAGUCAAAUCAAUUUAAUAAAAUAUCUGAAGUAUAUUUAAAUAAGUUUAAGCAAUAGAAGCAUGAAAGCAUAAAUAUUUAUUAUUUUUUUUCUAAAUUAUUUUUGCCUCCUUGUAUUAAUAUAUAAAUUUAUG